CUGAAUCAUCUCUCUCAAUCGCGUGUAACAAAAAAAUGGAGAAGGGGUUAAUCUCCGUAGACCGUUGGGCGGAAGGAAGCGAAGCUUACUUCCUCACCCACCUCCACUCCGACCACACCAACGGCCUCACCUCCACCUGGUCCCACGGACCCCUCUUCUGCUCCUCCGUCACCGCCAAACUCCUCCCCUUCAAGAUCCCCGGCUUCGAUCUCUCCCUCCUCCGCAUCCUCCACCCCGGCACCUCCCACAUUCUCACCCUCUCAUCCACCGUCCUCCACGUCACCGUCAUAGACGCCUGUCACGUCCCCGGUUCCAUCAUGCUCCUCUUCCGCGGCGACUUCGGCUGCGUCCUCCACACCGGCGACUUCAGGUGGGAAGCCACGUGCCAGAGAGCAACCGACGCCCGUCACAUGCUUGGCCACGCUCUCCAGAACCUUCCCGUCGUUGACAUCCUUUACCUCGACAACACUUACUCCAAUCCUAUCUAUGAUUUUUCGCCUCGCCAUGCAGCGGCUCAGAAGGUUAUUGAUAUAAUUUCUUCGCAUCCCGAUCAUGAAGUCAUUAUCGGGAUGAACACUUUGGGGAAGGAAGAUCUGCUGGUUGAAAUUUCGCGUGCGCUACGAAUCAAGAUUUGUGUGUGGCCAGAGCGGUUGCGGACUAUGUAUCUUCUUGGUUACCCUGAUAUUUUUACAACGAACACGUCUCUUACUAGAGUUAGAGCUGUUCCUCAAUAUAGCUUUAGCAUUGAAACUCUGGAGGCAUUGAAUACAAUGUGCCCAACAAUAGGAAUCUUGCCAUCGGGUCUUCCAUGGAUGAAGAAAUCAUUCAAAAGAUUAGAGUUUCUUUCUGGUUCCUUUUUGACAUCUCGUUAUAAGAGAGGCAAAUGGGGUGCAAAUAGUGAGGCCGAGAUUGGUGACCAAGUUGGAAACAUAGGAUCGCCGGAGAAAAUUCACGAGUACAUGUACACAGUUCCCUACUCUGAUCACUCCAACUAUAAGGAGAUUGAAGAGUUUAUAAAGUUUGUUCAACCAACCAGACUCAAGGGCAUUGUGGCUUCCUCGUCAUGCUAUAUUGAACCUAUGUACUAUUUUGGUCGACUUUGUUGUGUGGACCAACAGACACAACCGUUGGAUGGGGAGCAGAAAAGGAAAGAAAGUUGUAAAAGAGAAAGAGAAGAAGCAGUCAGCUCCAAAGCUUCAUUUAGAGGUGAUAAUGUUCAGACAGGUAAAGAGAGAAGCAAGGCUUUGAAGCGCAGGUUUUCUGGUGUUCGUGUGAGCAGGUUUAGUAUAUUAAGAAGAACGCACCGUGGUACAAAACUUCGGAGGAACAGUUCUGAUGAAGAAUGAUGCAUGCGCAAGAUUUUAUGCACUCCUUUCUCAGUCUAUGGAGCAAGGUAAUCCUCAUAACUCUUAAUUCAGCUUUAGGUGUUUUGUUUGUUAAUAUAUCUCUAAUAGAAAGGUUAGAUGAUCAUCAAAUUGCAAUUUCAUGUGGUUUUAUAUUCCCCGUGUAACCAAUACUCAUUUGAAACGUUAAAAGGUUGGUUGGCUAGUAACACAUAUUUUGUAACUUGAAAUUAUUGUGUGGAUAUUUGUCUAUAACUGUUUUUUAAAAGAAUGUCUAAUGACAUUGCUAGUGAAAAGCUGUAGAUGUGUUCACAGAAAUCUCUAACUUGCAACCACUUUAGCUCACCUUCUCAAUACUGUAAAUAUUUCAU